GCCAAGUUUCCCACCAUCUAUUUGCUGUAUUUUUUGGCUACUGCAAAACGGUCAUACUGAAAACGUUUAUUAAAUUUGUUUACCAUUUUUUUUAACAAGAAAUGCAAAAGGCAACUUAGUUAGUCCUAGAAUAACUCCAAAAUGAGCACCCCUCGCAAGAACUUCAACCACCCGCCACCCUUCUCCCCGCGCGGUGGCCACUAUCCAUCGCAGUCCGCCGACUACAGAUCCCAGCAGUUUGGUGGCCAACAGAAACCCCAAACUCCCAACUUUGGCUUUUACGAGGACAAGCAGGGCCAGCCGAAUACUCCGCACUUCUACCAGAACAAGUCACCGCAGGAGGCGCAGAGGCAUCGGCCCUACGGACAGGGCAGGAACUUCGGACGAGGCGGCAACUUUAAUCGCCGGAACCAACCCAACUGGGACCAGAAUCAGAGGAACCACCAACAGAACAGGGAGCACAACCAGAGCGGAGGCUCCUCUGGGCAGUACUUUCACCCCUCCAUGCUGGAGGAUCCAUGGCGAGAGCUAAUGACGCGCCACGAGGCUAUCCACGGAUCAAGCACCAGCCAAACUCCACCCAAAGAAGUGGAGGCUUCUUAAGUGGAUUAUAGUUUAAAGACAAAACUGUAUCAUACUAGACUCAGGGCUAGCACUUUGGUACAUCCUUAUAGGAUAAGUACAUAGUUCUAAAUUUACAUACACCUUUUAUAACUACUUAAGAAAUUACUUGAUAUAAAGGAUAUGUAAAUACAACAAA